AUGAGAGGAGUGAUGUCAUUCGAUAAGAGGAAUUCAAAGACAUUGAUAUUUCGAAUUGGAAUGAAUUUGGAGGUAUAAUCAUAUCCCUCUGCUUUUUAAGCUAUUUUGCUAUUGAGUGCAGGAGCAAAUUAUUUAUUGAUCAAAAUCUUUUAGAGAAUACAAAAUUUAUUUUUGUGGAAAAGUGAGGAUCCAAAAAACAAUCCCUCUAAAAUGUUAACUGUAAAUUGCUUAUUAUCUAUGACAAUAUUAUGUAAGAAUUAGAAUUAUACAAAAGUUAAGCUCUUUUCGUGUUACUACUCAAUAGCAGGUUUUUUUUUUAGUUAGUUUUGGAAAUGGGAUUGCGAGACUAAAAUAGAAUCAUUAACAUUAUCACCAUCAUUUUACAUCAUUAUCCAAAUUUGUUAAGCUUAAACAUUGAACCUUACAUUUUGUUUUUGUAGUAAUUUAUGGCUUAAACUAUGGAGAAUGAAAUUGAGAAUAGAACAGAAUAACUCUCUUUUAAGUCUAACCAAAAUUCUAUAACUAUUUCUUUCCACAUUAAUAGUCAUCAUUCCUAUACUUACUAUCACUUCAUUGAUUUUGGAAUCCUAUGUUAAUAACAUAAGAGAAUAUUGUUUGGGUGCUUUAACAAUGUUGAGUACUGUUUCUUUUGCUUUCAUUUGUAUUAUUCUAUACUCAAAACUCAAAGAUCAAUAUAGUGUUGGUGAUCAUUACAGAGCUAAUCUUAAGUUUUUAUCGGUAGCAGUAAUAAUUUGCACUCUUUUUCGACCAUCAUUUAACUUUUUAUUCUCUCAGGAAUUCUUUUGGAGGUUGAAACCAGGACUUGAAUGCGAAGCAGAAGAUGGCACAAUUAUAACAAAAUUACCUGAUACAGGUUUUACUUGGGCGAUUUUUUAAUUAAUAUAUUCUUGUAUUACGGAUUUCAUUCCUAUUUACAUUUUAUCUUUGUUGUUUUCCCCGAAUGUAACGAAAAGGAAGACUCUGGUGAAUGUAAGCGAUGGGUGGGAUACUGGGUUAGAAUGA